GGUCUGUCAGCUCAACCUCGGCGGACAAACAGGAACAACAAUCACGGUCCAGCUCACGUUUUCACGAACCUGCGGGAACAUUUUUCACAAAGUGGGACCAAGUUUUCUCCUGAAGAGUGGACAGCAGUGAGGAGCUCUGUGAAAUCUUCUCUCUCGGACUUUACCUGCCGGAUUUCAACGUUUCAUUCAAUCUGAUGUGGAACUACUGAGCACCUUGACGUCCUUCGUGGGUUAAAUUUUCACUUCACCUUAAUGUGGAUUAUUGCUACGUCAAAAAACGCCAUGUUUGCCCUUUUAAAUCUCCUUCGAUCCACGGUAAAGUUGGAGAAGACUGGUGCUCACACAUGUUUAAUGUAAGUUUCUUUUACAAGACCUCUCAAGGAAUUUAGUAGUUUUGCAUCCCGGGGUAUAUUUAUGCUAAUUUCCACCAAGAAUCACACACUUGUUAACUUUCUCACCGUCGGUUCUCCUCUGCUUACUCUCCCCAAAGACAGCUGGAGUAGAACCCACGAACGUCUCGAGAAUUACCUCAUAAUUUUCCAGAUAAAUCGUGUUUUUUUUGGACAGUUUCAUCGUUUAUAAGGAGAGAAAACGGACAUAAUUGUCGCUGCCAUAGUGACGGAACCUCACGCGCUGCUCACUUGCCGCCAAAGGGGGGCACGCGCCGGGCGUGUUUUCGCGGGCAUGGAUACAGCAUCCCAAUUAACUAAAACUUACAAAUGAGACGAUGGAGACCCCGGACAUCUACUGAGGUAAGAUACACACAAAAAUACUAAUCUAUACCAGUUUGACACGAUUUAUUGAUCACCGUUUGAGAAGAUAAUCGAUGUUUUAGCUGUAAGGGGGUCUCUGAGUGGAGGGCAUCGAUCAUUUUAGGAAACAAAGAUGGCAACACGGGAUCAGCUCUAUGUUAUGGUGGUUUAUUAGUGUUAAGUAGCCCAGUGUGUGGUAUGGAAGCCUCACCUGGACACACAGACGUACAUUUGUUUUUAUCCAAACUGAAUGACUGGUGGUAGUUUUCACUCUAUGAGCUGGACUUUAUAUUGAGCUCCUCAAACAAACUUCAUAAAGAGACUGUCAGGUUUGAUAUCCAGCUGCCUGUUUGGUCUGAAGUAAACAAUGAGGUGUUCACAGGACUUCAUUCUCCUCAGAGAUUAAUUUUUCUGUUUCUGUGAUUGUCAUUGGGAUGUGAAGUGAAAAGUAGAACAAAAAUGUCUCUAAAGUUUUGACCACUGAACUCUAAGCAGCAGAAAAGUUGGUAGAGGGAGGCCAAAGGUACAAACCAAAUUAUGCAGUCAUAGAAAAAUGUUGAGUUUCUACAAAUGAUUAUCACAAUAAAAUAAAAGCAGUAAAUUUAAAUCUAAUCACUCGUUACAAUGAAAACCAUUGAAGUUCUCCAUCAUAUAAAUCAAGUACUUUGUUAUAUUUAGUUUCCUGCAAAUGUUGAGAGUCAUAGUUACCAUGCAGAUUAAUGUUUUAUAACCUGCUACAAUGACAACUCAUACAACAUGAUGUAUUGGACUGUAUAUCACUCAGCACAUCCAUACCUGCCCCUAUGUAGAAAUACGACUACAACACAGAAGUAUAAAUUAUUGAUCAGUCCUCGGCACAGCGUGAAGUACUACUUUUUUAUUUUAAUGUCAGUUCAGUUAUAUUUUGAGACAAAGCCAAGAGUUUUCAAAGCAAAUAUUCAAGUUAAAAUCAAAAGCUUUAAAAACAAAUCUUAUAUGUUGAAGUCUUAAUGUGCGAUCAAUCUUGAGUGACAAUUAAUCGAUUAAAAAAUUCAGCGAUUUGACAGCUUGACCUCAAUUCUCCCAGCUGACUCUUGAAUGAUGCUUGUUUAACAUUAGCUAAAUCUAUAAUUGAUUACAAUGUUCGUCAGCUCUAAGUACGAAUCAUUUCUUUCAAAAAUAGACAUUGAUUAAAGAAGGACUGAUCAUAUUUGUGAUUUUCAUGAUCAGUUUUGCUCCUUUUGUUAUGACAGGAUGAGACCACGCCCCUCCCUGUCUGAAAUAUUCGAGGUGAGGUCUGUAGAGGACAGUAAAUCGUUCUCAGUGUCAAACACGGAUCAUGUUCUGUGUCGAUGUGGGCGAAGCUGAAGGCGAAACUGUCAUUUUCCAGCUUUGGGGAGUUUUUCUCUCACGAUGCAGCGUGGCCUCACAGACCACUCAGGACUGACAUGGACUAAAUUACUGCAGUGAUUUCGACCAUGACCAACCAAAGCCGGUCUCAGAGUCCUGGCUGUGUUACUGGGUUUAGCUAAAGCAGGAAGUAGAGAGAAUAACAGGGCUUCAUUUAUGUUGCAUGUUUCCUUAAUGUCUCCCUCGUGUCCAUCCACAGUUAACGGGAUAAAUAAUUCAGAAGUGGUGGAAGUGGACGACCUGCUGGGAGAGGAUGGCCCGUUGGAAAGAGGCCACCAAUCUCCUGCUGGUUCUGCUGGUUCUGCUUGACCUGCAUCUGGUCUCUGGGCGUGUGUUUCGUCGUCGUAGCGUGAGAAAAACUCGGGCGCAUCACGAACAUCGGCCGCAGCAGAACAUCACUCUUGCUGUCAUUUUACCUCGAAGUAACACAGCUUACCCUUGGGCUUGGCCUCGCGUCGGUCCCGCCUUAGAGCGGGCUGUCAGAGCCGUCAACGCAGACCCCACCUUACUCCCUGACCACCACCUCAUUUACGUUUACAAAAACAGUGAAAACGAGCACGGGAUCUGCUCUGAGUCUGUCGCCCCGCUCAUGGCUGUGGACCUGAAAUUCGCAUACGAUCUCUGGGCGUUUAUUGGGCCUGGCUGCUCCUAUACCGCCUCCCCUGUUGGCCUGUUCGCCACCCAUUGGGAUGUCCCCAUGGUCACUGCUGGUGCUUCGGCUGUGGCCUUUCAUGGCGUUCAAGUCUACCCAACCAUCACCAACACCGGUCCCACCCACAAGAAGCUGGGGAAGUUCGCCCUGCGGAUCUGCGAGCACUUUGGUUGGAGGGAGCAUGUGAUGCUCAUGUUCAACGACAUCAAGGAGGACGAUCGGCCAUGUUACUUUGCUGUGGAGGGUUUGUACACGGAGCUGAAGAGCAUCAACAUUUCCAUCGUCGACAGCGUGUUUGAAGAGAACAAGCCACCAAUAAACUACUCCCAAAUCCUGUCGGAGAUCCAGAGCGACGGCAGAGGUGAGUCACAUAGAGCAACUCAAGACUGGUGAAGUGAGUGAGACAAGAAAUUGCAUAAUGUCGUUCCAGGAAAGAGUUUCAGUCUUACUGUAGAGUUUGAAGCAAUUUGGGACCCGUAUGUUUGAGUUGGAGUAACUUCCUGUUAAAUGACCUCUGACUUCUAGUGGUCAGUUUAGCCACACCCUUUAGUCGAGCUCAAGUUUCAAAUGGUACAAAAGAUUUAAAGUGGAUUGUAUAAAUCCUGGAAGAUGAACGAGUCCAUGCGUGUCAGUAAGUUCCUGUUGCCAGUAGGGGGCAGAGUAUGUUCCUGGAAAACCACAGCGACGAAAACCACACUUUGAGAGGCUGAUCACAUGGCGACCAUUACAGCCUGUUUCACUGCUGCAGGCGGAAACAGUCUACUGAAGCUGUUCCCAAACUUCUGUAGGUUCUCUACCCCUCCCAACCAGUUUUCCCCAUAGCUCCUCCUCUCCCUCUCUUAAGCCCCGCCCACAAACAGACGCUCCUGCUCGCUCGUAUCGUUCCAGUUAAAUUCAGAUAUAAUGCAGAUAAAUACUUCAGAUCAUUACAAAUGGGGCCCAGUCAAGGUGAAAGUCAAAAGCAUUGGUGCUACUGUAGAUGCCAACAGACUACCAGCAAACACAAUGUUUGCAGGACAGGAAGCAGCGUCUGCCUCACAACCAAUCAGGUUAGAGGAGGUGGAGAACGGCUUUGUUUACAGUCAGAAAGAGCGGACCGCUCAAAAAUGUUCAAAUGUUGACGACACAGACAUAAGAGAACACAGAGAUAUCGAUAUAUUACCAAAUAAUCAAUAACUAAUAACUAUUGACUGAUAUUAGAAGAUUUUUUGUUUAUAAAACACAAAAUAAAAAGAUGUGUCUUUAACAGAAUCCUGCCUUCCUCACCUUUAAGGUCCUAAAAUAUGUAAAAAUGAGGUCAAAGAUCGUCUUUAAAAUCUUAUCAGACAUUAUUCCUCUGUAUUCCUGCUGGUCUCAGGACAAAGUCCAGCUGACCUUUCUACAACAAACGUUUGACCUCAGUAGGAGAAGCACAGGUGUGUCUGACAAAGCUCAGCUCCAUUAGGGUUCCAGUAAGCUUUCAUUUUUCUGAACACACCUGUGCUUUUCCAGAAGAGACAUGUAUUUAUGCAGAUUCUAUCAGAUCUAAUCAGGGGUGAGAAAUGUGUUUCUGCAUGCAGACAGUGAGCGAACAGCUGGGUAAAUUACAUGCAUAGCUUAUUCUGUAUUUGCAUUGGCUGUAGUGAUUGAAAGUGACGUUGAUGGAAAACACAGGAGAAGAAAAAGGCAGAUGGUGUGUGACAAAGGGAGGUGUUAGAAACUGAGCCAUAAAGAAAGGUUCUCCUGGGUCCAGUUUGGGUUCAGCGUCUACAGUCCUUGAAUGUGUUUCAGUGUUGAUCGGAUUAAAGCAGAAGUCGUAACUAUGGUUACUUAUCAGGGAUGUAAUGAAGCUCGAGAAACAACAGGAGAUUUGAAAACAGACAAGUGAUUGGCUUUUGUGGGUUUAAUUAAAUUUGCAAAUGGAGUUGGCUACACUAAGCAGGCACCGGAGUGAGUGCUCUGCUUUAAUGGACACUGGAGCUCUCUGAGUUUGUCUUUGUUAUAUUUCAUCUCUGUCCUCACCCGUGUCCGUAUACUUCAGACAAGUGUCUCUUCAAAUGUCUUCAAACAUCAGCGGCAUGAACUCUGCUGAUUAUCCUUUAAUUACAGGGGUGCAAAGACUAAAGACAUCCAGGGUUCAUACUUUGGUUUGAUGUCUGAAAUAAGGAGUUGGAGGUAGGGCUGGGCGAUACGUGAAAAAGUUUAUCAGGAUAUAUUAUUAUCAUAUCAGCUGAUAUGGAUCAAUAUCAGGAUAUCAAAAUCUAACAGUGUUUAUUGGUCUCAUGUCUUUUCAAUAAUCUCCUGCAUCUGUGAGGUCUUUGUGUCUCUUUGGCGUUUUGUCGUAAGGCGUCGCUCUAGAGAAAGCCGACUGAAUGGUCGUCUGUUUCAGGCGCCAUGGGCUCCUCGCUCCUCUCGGGGUUUGUAACCUUUAGCGUUGUGCGUGCUCUGCGGCGUGGCGCUGCUUCAGGUGGUGAAAAAGAUUUGAGGUAUUCCCCGACUUUGUGAGAACAUGUACUCGACAUAAUUUACAGUCCACAUUACUCUGCUUCAUGUCCGACCUCCAAAAACCAAAAUACCUCCACACCACCGACGUUUUCCUAACGCCAGUGUUGUGGUUGACAUUGAUGUGGUCAUCUGUUGAGCCUUCAUGGUCAUUUCUGUCGGGGGUAGCACUCAUUUUCUUUGUUUCUCACCAACAGUGCUGUCGGCUUCACCUGUUAAAGUGCUAUGGUUGGGUGGAGCUGCUGUCUGCUACGACGCUGCAGUUGGUUGAUACUUGGUUCUAAUUCAGAACAUGAUUGGUUCAGACCCGGAGACACGCCCCUUUUCAUUGGCUGUUCGUAUAGUCGACCAAAACAUGUCAGAAUGACGACUAUUGAAAAGGAUAUUGACCAUAUUUUAUAUUGAUAUUGAGGGAAAUUAAUUCUUGAUAUUGUUGUCGUUUUGUCGUUUUACUGAAGAUAUCCAGGGUCCGUACUUUGGUUUGAUGUCUGAAAUAAGGAGUUGUUGUUGUUUUUCGUCAGACUGUGUGUUGUUUUAGCCGUGCCGUUCCUUCCUGUCCGUCUGCCUCUGGAGCUUGUACUUGGUGGUUGCAACAUGUUGAACUUGAGUUAUUUCCCUGCGGUUGGAGGAGUGAAGAAAAAAGAGUUUCUGCAGCAGGUUGUGUUUGCAUUGAGAAACAGCAGAGGAAGUAGAAAGUGUGGGACCAUGAAUGUGAAUGUGAUUGGCUGUUAUUAGUGGACUUGUUGCUGCACAGAUAAUGGAUCAGUAAGCCAAUAAUCAUGCUAAUGCUGAUCACUGAUGUGAGUCUCCUCCUGGGUUUACAUGAAAGCUUCUUCAUGGAGAGUCCAUUAGAAGUUUGUUGGCGGUCUUUAAUCAUGUGAAUUAUCAGCGUUUCCUGUUUAUAUCCGAGUAGAAGUUAUUUUCCUGGUUGAUUCGAUCUUUUUUAAUCGAUAAGUUAAAGUCCAGGUCAUUAAAAAACGUCUGUACUUCAGUGAGAUGUGCUGUAAUCGAGCUGGUCAUCCUCUCAUGGCCUCACAGAGGCAUGUAUUGACGUGUGAAAAUUCACCCGUUCCUCUGAGCUUCAAGGUUUCUCAUUACGGCUAAAUCACUGGAAAAGGAUUUCUUCAAAAGUGUCUCUUCAGUCGUCUCUGCUGAGCUGCAGCGAUCCGCCUCGGCUCUGAUAAGAAUAAUAACGUCUAAUAAUAAUAAUAAUAAUCAACCAGCAGAGUGACAGAGCGAGAGCGCAGCAGGGGAGGACGGGUCAAAGGUCACAUGACGACGAGACCGCUAAUUAUCAGGAGCUUUUCAUGACCAAGAGAGAGGACGGAGAGAGGAGGUCAGGGAGAGGAGGUCAGGAAGAGGAGGUCAGUGAGAGGAGGUUAGUGAGAGGACGGAGAGAGGAGGUCAGGGAGAGGAGGUCAGUGAGAGGAGACCGCUAAUUAUCAGGAGCUUUUCAUGACCGAGACAGAGAGAGAGGACGGAGAGAGGACGGAGAGAGGACGGAGAGAGGAGGUCAGUGAGAGGAGGUCAGGAAGAGGACGGAGAGAGGAGGUCAGUGAGAGGAGGUCAGUGAGAGAAGGUCAGUGAGAGGAGGUCAGUGAGAGGACGGAGAGAGGAGGUCAGGGAGAGGAGGUCAGUGAGAGGAGGUCAGGAAGAGGAGGUCAGUGAGAGGAGGUCAGUGAGAGGAGGUCAGGAAGAGGAGGUCAGUGAGAGGAGGUCAGGAAGAGGAGGUCAGUGAGAGGAGGUUAGUGAGAGGACGGAGAGAGGAGGUCAGGGAGAGGAGGUCAGGAAGAGGACGGAGAGAGGAGGUCAGUGAGAGGAGGUCAGUGAGAGGAGGUUAGUGAGAGGAGGUCAGUGAGAGGACGGAGAGAGGAGGUCAGGGAGAGGAGGUCAGUGAGAGGAGGUCAGGAAGAGGAGGUCAGUGAGAGGAGGUCAGGAAGAGGAGGUCAGUGAGAGGAGGUUAGUGAGAGGACGGAGAGAGGAGGUCAGGGAGAGGAGGUCAGUGAGAGGAGACCGCUAAUUAUCAGGAGCUUUUCAUGACAGAGAGAGAGAGAGAGGACGGAGAGAGGAGGUCAGGGAGAGGAGGUCAGGAAGAGGACGGAGAGAGGACGGAGAGAGGACGGAGAGAGGAGGUCAGUGAGAGGAGGUCAGGAAGAGGAGGUCAGUGAGAGGAGGUCAAGAAGAGGAGGUCAGUAAGAGGAGGUCAGUGAGAGGAGGUCAGUGAGAGGAGGUCAGUGAGAGGACGGAGAGAGGAGGUCAGUGAGAGGAGGUCAGGAAGAGGACGGAGAGAGGAGGUCAGUGAGAGGAGGUCAGGAAGAGGAGGUCAGUGAGAGGAGGUCAGUGAGAGGAGGUCAGUGAGAGGAGGUCAGUAAGAGGAGGUCAGGAAGAGGAGGUCAGUGAGAGGAGGUCAGGAAGAGGAGGUCAGUGAGAGGAGGUCAAGAAGAGGAGGUCAGUGAGAGGAGGUCAGUGAGAGGAGGUCAGUGAGAGGAGGUCAGUGAGAGGACGGAGAGAGGAGGUCAGUGAGAGGAGGUCAGGAAGAGGAGGUCAGUAAGAGGAGGUCAGUUAGAGGAGGUCCGUAAGAGGAGGUCAGGAAGAGGAGGUCAGUAAGAGGAGGUCAGGAAGAGGAGGUCCGUGAGAGGAGGUCCGUAAGUGGAGGUCCGUAAGAGGAGGUCCGUAAGAGGGGGUCUGUAAGAGGAGGUCUGUAAGAGGAGGUCAGUAAGAGGAGGUCAGUGAGAGGAGGUCAGGAAGAGGACGGAGAGAGGAGGUCAGUGAGAGGAGGUCAGGAAGAGGAGGUCCGUAAGAGGAGGUCAGUGAGAGGAGGUCAGUGAGAGGAGGUCAGGAAGAGGAGGUCAGUGAGAGGAGGUCAGGAAGAGGAGGUCAGUGAGAGGAGGUCAGGAAGAGGAGGUCAGUAAGAGGAGGUCAGUGAGAGGAGGUCCGUAAGAGGAGGUCAGGAAGAGGAGGUCAGUAAGAGGAGGUCAGGAAGAGGAGGUCAGUGAGAGGAGGUCAGUGAGAGGAGGUCAGGAAGAGGAGGUCAGGAGAGGAGGUCAGUGAGAGGAGGUCAGUAAGAGGUCGUGGAGGGGUCUGUAAGAGGAGGUCUGUAAGAGAGGAGGCUAGUAAGAGGAGGUCAGUGAGAGGAGGUCAGGAAGAGGAGGUCCGUAAGAGGAGGUCAGUGAGAGGAGGUCCGUGAGAGGAGGUCCGUAAGAGGAGGUCAGUGAGAGGAGGUCCGUAAGAGGAGGUCCGUAAGAGGAGGUCUGUAAGAGGAGGUCAGUAAGAGGAGGUCAGUAAGAGGAGGUCAGUGAGAGGAGGUCAGGAAGAGGAGGUCCGUAAGAGGAGGUCAGUGAGAGGAGGUCCGUGAGAGGAGGUCCGUAAGAGGGGGUCUGUAAGAGGAGGUCUGUAAGAGGAGGUCAGUAAGAGGAGGUCAGUAAGAGGAGGUCAGGAAGAGGAGGUCAGUAAGAGGAGGUCAGGAAGAGGAGGUCCGUGAGAGGAGGUCCGUAAGUGGAGGUCCGUAAGAGGAGGUCCGUAAGAGGGGGUCUGUAAGAGGAGGUCUGUAAGAGGAGGUCAGUAAGAGGAGGUCAGUGAGAGGAGGUCAGGAAGAGGAGGUCAGUGAGAGGAGGUCAGUGAGAGGAGGUCCGUAAGAGGAGGUCAGUGAGAGGAGGUCCGUAAGAGGAGGUCCGUAAGAGGAGGUCUGUAAGAGGAGGUCAGUAAGAGGAGGUCAGUAAGAGGAGGUCAGUGAGAGGAGGUCAGGAAGAGGAGGUCCGUAAGAGGAGGUCAGUGAGAGGAGGUCCGUGAGAGGAGGUCCGUAAGAGGGGGUCUGUAAGAGGAGGUCUGUAAGAGGAGGUCAGUAAGAGGAGGUCAGUGAGAGGAGGUCAGGAAGAGGAGGUCCGUAAGAGGAGGUCAGGGAGAGGAGGUCAGGAAGAGGAGGUCAGGAAGAGGAGGUCAGUGAGAGGAGGUCAGUGAGAGGAGGUCCGUAAGAGGAGGUCAGGGAGAGGAGGUCAGGAAGAGGAGGUCAGGAAGAGGAGGUCAGUGAGAGGAGGUCAGGAAGAGGAGGUCAGGAAGAGGAGGUCAGUGAGAGGAGGUCCGUAAGAGGGGGUCUGUAAGAGGAGGUCUGUAAGAGGAGGUCAGUAAGAGGAGGUCAGUGAGAGGAGGUCAGGAAGAGGAGGUCAGGAAGAGGAGGUCAGGAAGAGGAGGUCAGGAAGAGGAGGUCAGUGAGAGGAGGUCAGUGAGAGGAGGUCAGGAAGAGGAGGUCAGUGAGAGGAGGUCAGGAAGAGGAGGUCAGUGAGAGGAGGUCAGUGAGAGGAGGUCAGUGAGAGGAGGUCAGGAAGAGGAGGUCAGGAAGAGGAGGUCUGUAAGAGGAGGUCAGUGAGAGGAGGUCAGGAAGAGGAGGUCAGUGAGAGGAGGUCAGGAAGAGGAGGUCAGUGAGAGGAGGUCAGUGAGAGGAGCUCAGGAAGAGGAGGUCAGUGAGAGGAGGUCAGUGAGAGGAGGUCAGGAAGAGGAGGUCAGUGAGAGGAGGUCAGUGAGAGGAGGUCAGUGAGAGGAGGUCAGGAAGAGGAGGUCAGUGAGAGGAGGUCAGUGAGAGGAGGUCAGUGAGAGGAGCUCAGGAAGAGGAGGUCAGUGAGAGGAGGUCAGGAAGAGGAGGUCAGUGAGAGGAGCUCAGGAAGAGGAGGUCAGUGAGAGGAGGUCAGGAAGAGGAGGUCAGUGAGAGGAGGUCAGUGAGAGGAGCUCAGGAAGAGGAGGUCUGUAAGAGGAGGUGUAUUUGUGUCCACAGUAAAACCCGUUUUUAUUCCUAACUGAACCAGGACAGAGGAUUGAGGUGUUGGGAAGUUACGCUCUGUUGUUAAGGCGGUAUCGACCAAUCACAAGUUAGAAUAUUGAUGAAAACCAACGACACGAUGUCGUCAGGGUGGACAGAGAGGAAAGACGGGUUUAGUUCCUGAAAGCUGAUUACAGCCCAAAUCACUCAUUAUGUCACUUUUUAUUGCAUCCAUACACAGCUCCAGUUUUUUAUCUCGACUCGGCGCAUUAUUACCCCUCUGACACACACACACACACACACACAUGUUCACACACACAGACACACACUAACAGGCUGAGCUUGUCAUUAUUGUCGUAGCGCUCAGCAGGGUGUUGGAGAUAUUGUCUUGUUGUUCCAGCUGCUCAGAUUAAGGCUGUAGAUAUUCUGAGCUCAAGCAGACACACUUUUUAAAAACCGUCUGCUCCACAUGGUUCCUGACUCUCUCUCGCUCUCUCUCUCUCCUGUGUGAUUUGUUCCUCGGUCGCCCUGCGAGCGAGCACGCCUUGUUAACCCCCCACAUUAGCUCCUGAUCUGUGCCGCAGGGCCUCAUCAGAGCAGCAGAAACCUGAGCCUGAUCGAUGCGUCCACAGGCCAGACAGCAGCAGCAGCAGCAGCAGCUCCUCGGUGAUGGAAACGGCUCAGCCUGAGGAUGCAGUGGAAAGUCUGCAUCAGUGAAUGAUACAGCAGAUUUCCAGAGCAGAGAGGGGCUCCAGAUUAAUGAAUAAAACACACCAGUCAAACAACAACAGCUCAAGUCUGACAGAAACGCAGCUUUAACAGCCUCCUAUCAGCCUAAACAUGUCUGUAGAAAAAUAAUCCUAAUCCAUUUAUAUAAAAACACACUUUCAGAAGGGAAACUGCCUCCCAGGAUAACGACGAGAUGAUAUCCAGAGAUAAUUUUAAUAACCAAUCAGCCUUUUUUUCUUGGAGAGACAGAAAGGAGAACUGUCCUCAAGAUCUCAGCGGUGCAGCACAACAUAAAGUGCUAUUCAGGUCAUCUGGUGAAAAUUCCUGUAUUUUUAAUAUCGCAAUGUUGAAAAAAAUCGCAAUGUUAGUUUUUUCCAAUAUUGUGCAGCCUUAAUAAUGUUUGUCUUAUUGAUCGACCUUAGUACUACUAUUAGAAAUCAAUUUUAGGUCUUUUGGUCACAUGACAGUGAAGCUAUUGAAGGAAAACAGCCUUUUCUGAGAACAUCAACCAGUAAUUUAUUGACGGUCCCUUAUUCAACACCGACGUUGACAGUGAGGGUGUCGAGUAGAUUUAACCGCGCUGCUGUUGUUAUUCCCGGUUAUGGAGAGAGAGAAGACACCGGUAGAUCCUCAGAGAAUGUCCGUCAGAUAUCCAACCUGAAACUAACUUCACCGCCGUAUUUACAGGAAAAUAUAUCCAACCUAAAACUAACUUCACCGCCGUAUUUACAGGAAAAUAUAUCCAACCUGAAACUAACUUCACCGCCGUAUUUACAGGAAAAUAUAUCCAACCUAAAACUAACUUCACCGCCGUAUUUACAGGAAAAUAUAUCCAACCUGAAACUAACUUCACCGCCGUAUUUACAGGAAAAUAUAUCCAACCUGAAACUAACUUCACCGCCGUAUUUACAGGAAAAUAUAUCCAACCUGAAACUAACUUCACCGCUGUAUUUACAGGAAAAUAUAUCCAACCUAAAACUAACUUCACCGCCGUAUUUACAGGAGAAUAUAUCCAACCUGAAACUAACUUCACCGCCGUAUUUACAGGAAAAUAUAUCCAACCUGAAACUAACUUCACCACCGUAUUUACAGGAAAAUAUAUCCAACCUAAAACUAACUUCACCGCCGUAUUUACAGGAAAAUAUAUCCAACCUGAAACUAACUUCACCGCCGUAUUUACAGGAAAAUAUAUCCAACCUAAAACUAACUUCACCGCCGUAUUUAAACUGUUGGCACCUGACAGCCUUUACCUCUCGUAGAAGAAGUCACUGAAUAAAAGUGGAGGGAUAAAAUUAGUUUGAUCUGUUUUUGGACAUCAGAACCAUUUCAUAAAAAUAAAGAAUAAAUGAAAAAGUCCUGGAGAGACUCGAGACUUUUGGGAGACACUGAAAUAUGCAAAAGUUAGGAAACUCUAUUUUUCCAAUCUUGAAAUAAGGAAUAUGAAAACCUCUUCAUGGGAAAGAAGAAAAAAAAGCAGAAAACGACAUAAAUUAGGAAUAAAAAUAUUUAGCUGGAGUAGGAUUUAUGUUUCAGGGGAAUAAAAGCAGCAGCAGGAGAAUCUGGACCUUUUUUUUUUUUUGGGAGAGCUGAAAAUAUUGUUUUUGCUCUUUUUUAAUUUACAAGGAGAGGAAACAGAGACAGCUGGUUUUAGUUUUCUCUCAUUUCGACUUUCAUCGUCAGGAUCAUUGUCUCCUCUUUGACACAGAGCUGUGGUUGUAAAGUUGGUCCAUAAAUCCUAGAGCCUCCUUAAAUUCCUCUUUCUGUCUCUCAUGGUGGUGGAGGUGUAUUAAUCUGUGAUCCAGUAGAGAGCACAAACAAACAGCAGCUCUCCUGUUCGGUUCCCACCGAGGCAUAAAACCUCCCGACAGGACAUUUAUUAACAGAGGUCAGGAACCUGCGUCCUUAUAUGGAAACUACAGUGGGCCUAUCAGAUCUGUAGGUAUUUCCUGACAAACACACUCGGGCUAAUUUUACCGUGUGUGUCUCAGUCUGGGGUCUCUCUAAUCAAACGGCUGUAAAACCUAAACCUCUGUUCCUGAUCGUAAACAUCGGUGAGUGAACAGGUUUGGGAGGAUUUACACAUAAAUAAACACGUUUCUUUAACGUCGUAUCUGAUGUUGGUGUCGUCUCAUAGAGGCUUCAUUUACGGCAGAGCUUCAUCACACUGUUCAGAGCUGGAGCAGCUGUAAAGUGUCCGAUUUUCUACAGAAACUGUUUUCCUGUUUCCGCAUGUGUUAAUUCGUUUUUAUGAGAGAGGAUCAGAUCCACAUGAUUAACAUCGAAAUUUUCCACUUUUUAGAAUUUCAACUUUAUUCUCAAAAUGGAAAUUAAAAAAAUCUCCCUCCUGUAAUUAUUUUUAAUCUUCUUAAUCCUCUUUGGUACAUUUUAACUUUUACGUUAAAUUAAUAAAGUCUUUUUAUUUGCUUUUCCUCAAAGUUUUAAACUAGAACCUGAAGCUCAUAUUUAACCAGGUUUCUGUUGAGUUUUUAGCAGCACCGGUGGCUGUAAAAAAAAUGAGAAAGUUGGUGACACAGUUGCAGAGAAGCAACAAUUUCUGGUGUUCAGAAUAUGUAAAAAAGUCCCUGAGGCUGCAGUUCCUCAAGUGUCCACCAGAGGCUGACUCCACUAGUGAGUUAGUCCCCAUUAAUCCCCAUGUUAAGAUGUUGACAGCAGAAUUAAACAGUUUUUUAAAUGUAAAUUUGUCAGAUUUAUGAGGAGAUGAUGUUUUUGAAACUCUGUAAAUCUUUUAUUUUCAGACGAGGAGAAAACAGAUGAUUUUAUAUCAGUGACGUCUAAACCACGAGUCUCUUUAUCUGGUCCUGAAUGAUGGCGUCCGUGUUAAUGAAAUAGACUUUGGUGUCGCAGGUGUAAAUACUGGCAGAUCAUCGACCUUUUCCAGUCAUGUUUAAUGGUCUGUUUAAUCUGACCAGCCGUGAGACGAGGACUUUAUAAGACAAGGACUCCCGUCUACCACAGACUGUGACUCAGACCACGUUACACUUCAGCGCAGAGCGGCAGUUUCAGUUAUUCAUAAGUGACAAUAAUCUCCUCCUUUAGGAUGUUUUUUAUCAUAAUUUUACUUAAAUUCAUAAGAAUCGUCAGUGCUCAGUGUUUUCUUUAGACGUGGACUUUUCAGUCUCUCUGAGGCUCCAAAGUAAAUCAACAUGAUUGAUCCAAAUCAAAACCUUAAAGCAGAGUAAACCUGCGCUGUGUUCGUCUGUUGACCCGGGGAGUAACAGCUGAUGCUUUUCUGACAGAGUACAGCCACGAACAGGACCAAUUAAAGGCAGCGGUGACCGACCAGAAUGUUCUGGGAGGUUUUUUCCAGCCUGGCAGCUCCAGACCUGAUCCAUAUUCAGGCUGGUUUCUGUCUCAUUAAUGCAGGGACAUAUGUUGGAGACACGCUGAGGGCUGACAGGAGCCCGAAACACUCCCGCCUUCACUGCACGCACACACACGGUCAGAGACACACACACACACACACACGGUCAGAGACAAACACACAGACACACACACACGCACACACACACACACACACGGUCAAAGACAAACACAAAUACACACACACACACACGCACACACACACACGGUCAGAGACAAACACACACACACACACGCACACACACACACACACACAGUCAAAGACAAACACACACACACACACACACACACGCACACACACACACGGUCAGAGACAAACACACACACGCACACGCACACACACACACACACACACAGUCAAAGACAAACACACAGACACACGGUCAGAGACAAACACACACACACACGCACACACACACACACGGUCAGAGACAAACACACACACACACACACACACACACACAAAGACAGACACACACACACACACAAACACACACACACACACGGUCAGAGACAAACACACACACACACACACACAAACACACACAUACACACGGUCAAAGACAAACACAAAUACACACACACACACACACACACACUCUGAUAUGUAAAAUUCUUCAGUUUCUAGUUCCUAGUCUUUCUUCACAGCGCUCUCCCUUCAUCCUAAACUCCUUUAGUUUGAUCAUAGCCGUCUCAGGACAGAUCGUAGCUCUGGGUUCGUUUGCUCAUGUCUGCAGGAUAAAUGAAGGUUAGGUAAACACUGUGUAGGAUGGUCGUUUCCUCCUGUCUGAUGAGUCCACAGUGAAUCAGCAGGUCUGGAUUCAGUCCAUGUUCACGUUUAUAUCGACUCCUGCGGGGUCAGAGAAGACGUCUUUAGAGGAGUGAUGUUCAGACUUCCUGUUGGAGAAAUGUUCGUUGUUUUAGUCGCAGAAAUCAGAACUUCUUCUCUACGGUGUUGUGAAUGUUUGAGACUGAAGGGUUUGAUAAUAGACUAAACUAAACCUGGUAUUAAAGUUGAUUUCUGGACCAAACUACAACUGUCCAGCAGUUCCUCUUGUGUCCACUAGAGGCUGUUUUAACGUUGAGCUGAUCUCUAAAAUGUCAUGUGUAUGUAGGGCUGGGCGACAUUUGAAAAAGUUAAUCAGGAUAUAUUAUUGAUUUCCUAUCAGCUGAUAUGGAUCAAUAUCAGGAUAUAAAAAUCUAACAGUGUUUAUUGGUCUCAUGUCUUUUCCAACACAAUAAUCUCCUGCAUCUGUGAGGUCUUUGUGUCUCUUUGGCGUUUUGUCGUAAGGCGUCGCUCUAGAGAAAGACGACUGAAUGGUCGUCUGUUUCAGGCGCCACGGGCUCCUCGCUCCUCUCGGGGUUUGUAACCUUUGGCGUUGCGCGUGCUCUGCGGCGUGGCGCUGCUUCAGGUGGUGAAAAAGAUUUGAGGUAUUCCCCGACUUUGUGAGAACAUGUACUCGACAUAAUUUACAGUCCACAUUACUCUGCUUCAUGUCCGACCUCCAAAAACCAAAAUACCUCCACACCACCGACGUUUUCCUAACGCCAGUGUUGUGGUUGACAUUGAUGUGGUCAUCUGUUGAGCCUUCAUGGUCAUUUCUGUCGGGGGUAGCACUCAUUUUCUUUGUUUCUCACCAACAGUGCUGUCGGCUUCACCUGUUAAAGUGCUAUGGUUGGGUGGAGCUGCUGUCUGCUACGACGCAGCAGUUGGUUGAUACUUGGUUCUAAUUCAGAACAUGAUUGGUUCAGACCCGGAGACACGCCCCUUUUUAUUGGCUGUUCGUAUAGUCGACUAUUGAAAAGUAUAUUGAUCAUGUUUUAUCUUGAUAUUGAGGGAAAUUAAUUUUGUAUAUAUAUUAAUCGUUUUCUCGUCCAGACGUGGGGACAGGUUCAGACUGUGAAACAUUAAUUUCUCUGUGUUUUCUGUCCCGUCGCUCCUUCACAGCUCUUCCAAACACGGCCUCGUCUGUCUGCAGAAAAACAGCUUAAAUGUUGAACUUAUUCGCAGAUGCAUGACAGCGUGACGAAUCAAAGCGGCGGUGUGUGAGUCUUAAUUGGACGCAGAAACUCUUUAAUUAAAACCUGUUUCACCCUAAAGUGGAGACUCAGAAUGAUCCAGUCUGAUUGAACAGCUCUUUAAGAGGUGGUGGAUCCUCACUUAUCUCCUCUCCUCUCAGGUCGAUAGCAGCCUGACUAAUUAGGAUGAGAUGUUUGGAGUUUUUUACACCUGAUUUCUCUCCAGAAACACAAACGUCUGCAGACAGAAAACAGGCCGACAGUUUUACAUUUGUACCUCAGACAGAGAAACUAAUUGGAGACUGAAGCCUGACGGUUUCCUCUGGAGACUCUGGGUCUUUCUCAGGUUCUUAAACUAAUCAGCUCUGGCCUCAUUAACCACAGCCGAGUCGACGUUGAGUUAGCGUUUAGCGCUAACGGAUGCUAAUUAAGAGCCGAUGGCUGGCUGAGUUUGUAACAGGAGGAAUAAGUGGAGGAUCUUCAGCUGCAGUUAACUCUGUUUACCUGUCACAGUGAACUCUAAUGAAGGCUUUAAUUAGGAGUUUUUCAGCAGAAACAGUUUUUUUAUAUAUAAAGAGCCAAAUCACAGCAGUCAUGAUCCUAAAACGCUUCUUUAGGACAACGUCAGUCUGAGUCAUCAUGAAAUAUUAUCCUGAUUCUGGACGGUUUGGAUUGGAUCAUCAGGCUGUGAGAACAUGUUGGUUUAGUUUUACAGUGUAACACUGAGACGUCGGUCACCUUCAGGUUUUCAGGACCUUCAGUUAUUCUAUAAAGUAUGAAGAAAAUCACUGAUCUGAUCAGGAGAGGAGACGGACUUCAGUUUAAAUCUGUUAAAACUGAAUAAAGAACAAGAACUCUUUAUUUGGGGGAGUGAGGACUCUCUCUCUCUCUCUCUCUCUCUCUCCCACUUUCUCUCUCUCUCUCUCUCCUCUCUCUCUCUCUCUCUCUCUCUCUCUCUCUCUCUCUCUCUCCCCUCCCUCCCUCUCUCUCUCCCUUCCUCUCUCUCUCUCUCUCUCCCCCUCUCUCCCCCCCUCGUUAGUGAUCUGACAGCUCGUUGAGUGACGCGUCAGCCCCGUGUUGAUCCUAACGAGUUAUUUAUCUGUUCACUAAAUAAACGGGUGAAGUGCGUCUCCUCUUGUUCUGACAGUGUGAGGCUCCUCUUCCUGCUCCAGACUACGCUCAGCUCUAAUUGGACGGAAAUGCUCUGGGUGUGUUCCUACCAAAUUACUCAGAAUUGCAGCAAACAGUCUUUGAAAGCAUAAACAUCUGGACUGUGUAGAUCUACGGUGUUUCUGUACAGUGUUUUGUUUCUGACCUUCGGAUGAGCCUGUCUUGUCUUACUGACUCAGAUUUUUUCGGGGCAGUGACCGCCUCGUCUUCCUGCCCCGUUGUUCCGAUGAUUCGCUCCGUGUUUCAGGUUUUUAUUAUCUUAUAAUAGCAGCUCUCCUCUCACACAGAAACUCGGCAGCCUCUCCGGGUUUAUCUGCUAAAUGCUUCCUAAUAUGUUGGCCCCGCUGUAUCACGGGUCCGUCCAUCAGUGUUGAAGAGCUGCCAGUCUGCUGCUCUCUGUCCUUAAAGACUCAUUUGGCUCCGAUCCAGACGGUUUGAGCCUCUCAGGAGCGUCUGACGCAGCUCUGAUAAUGUUGAUGAAUGUAUUCAGUAAAUUUCCUGUAAACAGAAAGGUUUUAGGAUGUUUGUCUCCUUCGUCCUCCUCCUCCUCCUCCUCCUCACCUGCUUCAGCAGCUUAAAUGAGAGCGGUUGUUUGACGUCUCAGUGUGUCUUCAUAAUAAAGUGGGUCAGAAAUGUCAAACGUGAACUUAAAGAACUAAACGAUCUUAAAUUACAUCAUUUUGGCCUGAAUGCAGUACGGCCCUGAUCACAAGUCAACCUCCUCCCCUCAGAUUUAAUCUUUACGGUCGCUUUAAACGGACCAGAGUUCGUUUCCUCCGAUAGUCCGCUUCGUCUGGGCAGGUGUGAAAGCUCACCAGAACUCUGGUCCGCCUGAAAACCCGGGUCUCAGUGAACCCUGGUUCGGUUCGUAUGCAGUGUGAAAGCUCAGCGGACCAAACACAGGACCAAGUGUAGGUGAUGACGCUAUACGCAGUGCAUCUUGGGUAGAGGAAGCACGGUGUCCCUUGUUGCUAUGGCAACAAGGGACCGCUGACAUUAGCAGUUGCUAGCUAGCUUAGCUUAAUUGUCUGAACAACAAUAACCCAUAAAUUCACAGUUUGGCAUAUUUAAACAAAAUCAAAUCACAGAUGAGCUCGUAUGUCGUCACAUGUUCGAUCGUCAAAGUCAGAAAAAUAACAGGAUCAGUCCCUGACGAGCUACCAUAGCAUCAUGGGAACAGCUGCGUUCACUAACGUUGUAGCAUUCCAUGAAAUAAUGUGACGAAGCACGAUACAAGACGGCGAGUCCGCCCCUGUUUGUAAUCCCUGAGGUCACAUACCCCUCCUACUUUGUCCAAUCGACGAGCGCCCCUUUAACCACAUGAUGCUGCUCGGAGAGUUCGGCGCGCUUUUGAAAUCACAGCGUGGAAGCAGAAGCCAAAAUACAAGAAAACCUUAAUAAUGUUGGAAAUGCAGGAGACUUCAGAGGAACAGCAUCUGCAUUUCUUUUAAACAUGGCUGAUGAGACGUAACCCGGGCAACAAUCACGCCGGAUCAGAAAUGAACUCAAACAUAAAACUGAAGCUGAGGUUAGACGACAUGAUCUGAUCUGGUUCUGAUCUGAGCUGCUGCAGACUGACAGGGUCUGAGACUUUGGAGUCAGAGAUCUGGACCCACUACACUCAGACUCUCAUUAGUGCCGGUCCAUGUUUGUUCUGCCUGUUUUUAAUCUCUUCAUUAAGUCUUACAGCCUGUUUCAUUUACAGACUGAACCUGAGAGGACACGAUGGUCUGAGAGACGUUUCUUCUUUCUCACAUUAGCAGCUCCUUUUUUUCAGACGUCCACUUGAUGCCAACCAUGACUCACUUCAGCCGCAUACAGGGCUCCUCUGUGAGGGCUCUGAUGUGAUACAGAUUCUGGACUGAAGUUUUCCAGACCUGCAACAGUUUUCCAACAAACAGCUGUUGAUAGUCUGGGAACACUGGGAACACUGGUUCGAUUUCCCACAUGUGAAGGUUUGCAUCAAAAACAAAAGCAUGUUUAUAAAACUCUAUUAGUAAAAUCUAGUGACGCACUUUUCUACGACACCCCCCCAGAGUUUUUCUGUAAAACAACCAUAGCUCUCAGGUGUGCAGUAUUUCCAUACAAACAUGUUGUAGGGGGGGGUUCUGGAAAAUUUCAGGACAUAAAUAUCUGAACAGUUUUGAUAAAUCAUUCAGAGUUUAGAUGAGAAAGAGGCUCCGGGUUUCUCCAUUCCAACAAUGAAGAACAAGUUAGAAAUGGAGAGGAAAAAUCAGGUAAAUGUCUGGAAAUUGUCAGGAGUUCACAGUAGAGAGGCUUCAUGUUUGUAACCGAUCAUGUGUCUGGGAAAAGUCAGGUCCCAGAGUCCUGGAAAUAAUUAAAAUUGGGAAAUAGUUUGGGCUCUGAAUCUGUUUUAUUUGGGAAUUUUUCAGGAGUUAGGAAUACAUGUUCGAGGAGCGAGGGAAUGUCUGAGAAAAUGUCAGGACCCCAAUGUCUGGGCAUUGUCUGGAGUUAAUUAAAGAAUGAGAUCUCAGUUUUCCAAAGAUGGUGAAGGCUCACACAUGGGAGAGGAAACUUUUGGAAAAUGUCAGGAGUUCAGGUUCUGACUGUCGUAACGAAAUUCGUCAGGAAAAAGUUUGUAGUUUGUCUGUUUGGAGCCGAUUCAGACGUCAGACCUUUUCGAAGAACCUGAUCUGUGGGUUUGUUUUUGCAUCGGUCUGUUUAUCCUGGUUUGACGCACCAUCAGCUGUGACAGAUGGAUUAGUCGUCCUGAAUUUGUUCGUCAGUUUUCGUCUUUGUAGUUCCUGCUGACGGAGGAGCAGACCUCUCCUAUGGAGGCGUAAAUCACAGCAGGGACAAAGAGGAGAUGAAGAUAUCAGCGGACUUUUGUAAUUUCAUGUUUAUCAGAUCAUCUCAGUGUGUUCGCUUUAAAGGAAACGGACACGCUGUCAGAGCGCCGAGACGGUUCCUGAGAUAAACUCAUCGCUCUGAUAUUAAAUCACUAUUCAGUCUGAGGGAUGAGACGACACACCGUGAAGAAGGAGAGAAAUUAAACCUUUAAAGUAAAGAAGAGCAGAGCUGAAGGAGAAAAAGGCUGGUCAGGAAAUUACACUCUCCUUUUUACAGAUCUGAUUUUCUGGGAUUUUUUCUCUGGUUCUGUUUGAUGUUCUAGCUCAGUGGAGGUCCAGAUACCCUCCUCAUUAGACGUGUUUUCAGCUCCUCCUCAGAGAUCUUGGCGUUCCUCAGCCAGAUCUAAAAAUAAUGUCUUCACUGUAGGACCUUCUCCUGCAGAAAACCUCUGAAUAUGGAGUCCAGGAGGUUCUUUAUCAGACCCUGAGUCACCUACAGACCUCCAGCAGCUUUAAGACCCGUCAGGAUAACAGCGCCCCCUAUCCUCUUAUCUGUGAAGAUGAACCAAACCAGGAAGGAGGAUCUUCACAGACGUUCAUACCUGAGACCUUCAGUCUUUCAGGGUAUCAGGUCAUAUUUAAUACAAACAGAGUCCACCGUCCCCCUUUCAUCGGAGUUUAACGACACGCUUCACUUAUGGAUGUUGAUAAAGUAAACCUGUAGCUCUGAGUGAGAGGAUCAUUUCUUCUGACGGUAAAAGUUUUUUACAUUUGAAAGUCAUUUUAGUAAUUUUAUACUCCUGAAAUCAUCUUUACAUUAAAAAAGAAAAUUAACUUAAAGACACAGUUUUAUUCUCCAGGAGUCUGAAAGUGUCUCCAUCCAUGUUACCCCCGAUCUCCACCUUCAUCCUGAUCGUCUCCUAAAAGGUCGUAUCCUCCGAUCGUAGCUGAUCGUAACCAUUCAAGUUAACGUGUCAAUUUACACCGACUUCUUUCAAAACGGGCGGAGACGAACAAGUGAAAGGUUUUUAGACGUCAUUUCACCCCGAUGACACCAUGGAUGAGGAGAUGCUGAUUCUAGAAGUCUAGAAGUAGAUUUCCUCCUCUGGAAGGACACAAUCUACUGCUUAUAUGUCUAUGUGUCUGUCUUUAGAGAGACGACUCGUUAUCGUGAGAUUGAACGUGAAUCUGCGGGUUCUUGUGAGUUCUCGUGAUUAUCGCUGUCUGUAACCCACCACGAAAUUCGCCUCACCAACGUAUUCGAUGGGAAUUUGCAGACGGUGAAAAUCGGCGCCGUUCCGGGUCGGAGCUGCUCUGGACGUGGUGAAAAUUGGGGGUUAGUCUCGUGCUGCAGAUGACCAACAGCAGACCGUCUCUGAUACGGUGUGUUUCUCUGAGAUCUUGUAUUCCUGCAGUCUCACUCUUUAAACUUCCCCGCUGUGGUUUUUGUUUUCCUCACAUCAGGAUUGAAAGAUCUCGUCCGUUCUCCGCCCUGAAAACAUGAACUUUUAGUCUGAGUUUAGUUAAUCGAAGUUCAGUCUUCCUCUAAAGUCUCUCUCACUUCAUCCUGGUAAAUUCCCACGUCCAUGUCACCUCCUCGUCUCCUGUCGUCAGGGCAGCAGAGCGCGGCUCAAUCAUCCUGAACAAAUCUAUCCCCGACGAGGCCGUGCUUCUUCCUCCUCCUCUUUGUUCCCGUCCAUCUGGCAGCGGUUAAAGAUUAAUAUGCUGGAAUCUCCGAGCAGAAGCGAGGAGACGGGUGGUUUUCCUCCUGGCACAGAGACAAGAGAGCUGCAGUCAGAGCCGAGAUAUCAAACCUGAGAACAUCAGAGGUUCAGAGGGUUCAGGCUGGAGGCUCUUCAGAUCCAGAUGACUCUUCUUCCUGUGUGUCUGAGCGGCUCGUGUUUCUGUGACCUGCUGGAUCAUGUGGUGCUUCACUGAAGCACAUGAAGCAGUGGGUCCUGUUUGGGAGGUCCACCUGGGUCCUCAGAUCCAAGUCUGUUCCUAUAAACAGAAAUCCUCUGAAAACCUUCAGCUGGAAUAAAAGCAGCUCCAAAAGUUUGUGAUUUCCCUGAGCUGUGACAGAGCUAACACGAUGAGAAGUCUUCUUCAUCCCUGCAGCUGAGAGGACCUUCAGUCAUUGGUGAUCCUUCAGAGUUGGCACCAAACCGGAUUCAGGAAGCUGCUCACAGCUGUGGUGGAAGCAGAAGCAGAGUGACGCUGAUCAAACGUGGAUGAAGAAAGAAGAAGAAGAAAGUCCUCGCAGCUGUGCGGAGGUCUGCAGGCUGCAGAUAUGAAGGAACAGAGCUCUGCUGCCUCCAUGGAUUUACUCUUCUCUGACGUUCAGAGUUAGAAAAUGUCUAAUGUUGGUGAUUUUAUCUGCUGACAUUAUCACAGUUCGAUCACAGCGGCUCUGCUCUCUUUAUAUCCGCUCAAAAUGACGACACUGCAGUUUCUGUAAUUUUUCUCUUUAGAUACUGACAGUCCGGUCAGCUGACUUUAACUGACUUUAUUCAUACAGAGAAACAGUCCAUGCAUUCAUUACUUACAAAUGAGGUGAUGGUAGUUCUCAUUAAAGGCCGUCCUAACUGGUCUCUGUGCUGCAGAGUUCAUGAUCAAAUCGAUUAAUUAUCAGUUUCUUUCUUUGGAUUGUCUCUGACAUUUAAAGUCCGUCCCCCUGUCUUAAUGGACAGUCACCAUCAUGUCUCCAGCAGCUCAAAGAGCCUCAUACUCUUCCAAACUGGUUCCAAACCAGUGCUGGAAGAAGAGCCUUCAGGUCUCAGGGGUUCGACUCUGGAAGCUUCUGUGAUCGUCCUCUAAAAACAUCUAAACCUCAGAAGAAAUACAGAGGAGCAGGGAUCGACACCAACUUUGUUCUCCUGAGUUAAAAAAGUGAGGAGCACAAAGAACUUUAGGGGAUCAAUGAAAACUGAUCAAUCAUGUUUGUCUUAUUGAUCGACCUUAGUACUAUUAUUAGAAAUCAAUUUUAGGUCUUUUGGUCACAUGACAGUGAAGCUAUUGAAGGAAAACAGCCUUUUCUGAGAACAUCAACCGGUAAUUUAUUGACGGUCCCUUAUUCAACACCGACGUUGACAGUGAGGGUGUCGAGUAGAUUUAACCGCGCUGCUGUUGUUAUUCCCGGUUAUGGAGAGUGAGAAGACACCGGUAGAUCCUCAGAGAAUGUCCGUCAGAUAUCCAACCUAAAACUAACUUCACCGCCGUAUUUACAGGAAAAUAUAUCCAACCUGAAACUAACUUCACUGCUGUAUUUACAGGAGAAUAUAUCCAACCUGAAACUAACUUCACCGCUGUAUUUACAGGAGAAUAUAUCCAACCUGAAACUAACUUCACCGCCGUAUUUACAGGAAAAUAUAUCCAACCUAAAACUAACUUCACCGCCGUAUUUACAGGAAAAUAUAUCCAACCAGAAACUAACUUCACUGCCGUAUUUACAGGAAAUAUAUCCAACCUGAAACUAACUUCACCGCCUAUUUACAGGAAAAUAUAUCCAACCUGAAACUAACUUCACCGCCGUAUUUACAGGAAAAUAUAUCCAACCUAAAACUAACUUCACCGCCGUAUUUACAGGAAAAUGUAUCCAACCUAAAACUAACUUCACCGCCGUAUUUACAGGAAAAUAUAUCCAACCUGAAACUAACUUCACCGCCGUAUUUACAGGAGAAAAAAACACAUUUGUGGUCUCGGCUGAUCCUCCUGAAAUGCUCCUCUCCUUCAUCUCCUUCAUCUCCUUCUUCUCCUUCAUCUCCCUCUUCUCCUUCAUCUCCUUCAUCUCCUUCAUCUCCUUAUCUCCUUCAGUUCGUUCAUGUUCGAGCAGGUCGUGGAGCGGAGACUGACGGAUGUCGCUGAUCUUUCUUGUCAGCUCUCAGCUUCACCUCUUUGCUCUUUUAAGGAUUUGUUGGUUGAAGUCAGGUUUCCGGGUUUUGGUGACCCCCAUCUGUGGGCCUCCUCAGAUCUUGGUGGGUGUUUGUACAGAGGAGGUUCUGGAUGAUCAUGUGGGUCUAUCUAAAGACCUCCUCUUCUCCCUCUGGUUCUCUUUGAGCUGCAGAUGUAGGGGCAGCAGAUCUGUUGUUCUUCUAGGUCCUCCUCCUCCUCCUUCUCUGCGGAGGUCUCUGGGACCAUGAUGACCACAUAUUUUAGGGAUGCAGUGUCAGAGCGAGCGCGGCGUGGAUUCAUGUCCCCUGCAGCCUCGGUCUGGUCCAAACCCCCCCUCUGGACUGUACAACAACUCAGGGACAUAUUGACCAACCUGCAACACGAUCCUCCUCAUCUGCUUCUCUUUAUGCUCCUUUCUCCCCGUGGGCCUUUACAACAUCCUGAAUAGUGCUCAGAGGGGGUUACCAUGGUAACCAUAAGAUUACCAUACUGUGACGCUGGAGUUCUUGGAGGAUUAGAGGAAAUAUUAAUUGUGACCCGCGCUCUUUUCACUCUGACGGCAGAGCGCCGGCUGUUACAUUCGGGUUUAAAUAACAUGACCAAAUAAAGGAAAAGAACACGGAGACACCUGCGGCGGCGGCGGUGGCGGCCAUGUUUGGUCUCCAGUGACCACUUUUAAUGAACUCCAACUCCACCGGUCUGCAGAGUGAAAAUGUCUUUAAAAGGCAAAAGGCGGCUAAUUAGAUUCACAAAGGAUCCAGCAGGAGAACAUUCUGAUCCAGGCAGAAGAUUCGAUUGGCUGUUUAGGAUCACAUGACCUGAUGACAGCUGUUCCCCCACAGGACUGACACCGACCUCUGUGGAUCAGCAAAGACACGAGGAGUUAUUUCCUCACUGACUCAGUCGUCUUGUUAGCGGUGGUCCGGUUUGAUUUUGACAUCAGAGCUCAUUUUAGUUUCAUAACCAAAUAAAAACUCCCCACUGGAGCUUUAGAGCUGCAAUCACUUCAGCAAAGUAAUCAGUUCAUCCACCGCCGUACCUCAGAGCUCCACCGCCGUACCUCAGAGCUCCACCGCCGUACCUCAGAGCUCCACCGCCGUACCUCAGAGCUCCACCGCCGUACCUCAGUUCAUCCACCGCCGUACCUCAGAGCUCCACCGCCGUACCUCAGAGCUCCACCGCCGUACCUCAGAGCUCCACCGCCGUACCUCAGAGCUCCUGUGAGGAGGUUAACUGGUUAUUAAAAAGACUGAAACUCAUACAGACGUCUCUUUAUGAAGUCGAGGGGCAAACAAGACCGUCAUGGAGCAGACUGGUUCUGUCCUGUUUUAUUUAUCGUGAGUCAGACAGAACGAUAAAGAGAGCGAAGGUUCUCUGACCAGAAAGGACGAGGAUCUCUGCGUGAAACGAUGAUACUGUCUUCACAAUCAGCUGCUAACAUCCAAAGCAUGACAGCUUCUGGAGUCCUCAAAUCAGCACACGGCGACAAACGUUCAGUUAUCGCCGUCUUCAUCCUCGAUGGUCGUGUCGUCCGUCUCCUCUGCUGUCUCCCCUUUUUUUAUUUUCAGCUCGACCAACUUCUGCACGACUCCGACAUAAUUCACUCCGAUUCAGUUUCCAUGGUUUCCUCUACAGGAAACUGCUGCUAUGAUGAGCGUAGAAGCCGUACAGCCAGCUGAUGUUUGGGUGGAGGAGCCCGCCGCAGAGCGACAUCACCAACGCUCCGACACCGAAGUUUGUGGCGCUCAUGACAGUGUCACUACAGCCAGGCGUGACCCAGAAGCAUAAACUAGAGUGACCUUCUUAAUCAGCUUCACCGACACUGAAGGAAACCCAAACUUUAAAAAGGAUUUAACGAACAUGAGAGAGGACGUCUAAAACGAGCCAGAAAAAUACUGAAACACGGAUUUAAAACGAGGUCAUUCAGGUCGUUUACAGUCUCAGUUUAAUCGACUAAACUCAUAACUCGUCUUUUUCUCUGAAUCAGACUUCUCUCCUUCAAUCGAAUUAUUGACGUGAACGUGUCCUCCUCCCCAACACUAGGGGGCGAUAUGGGUCUUUUCAGCGGCGCUGUUUCCGACCCCAUCCAACCGUCAACAACAACAGCAGGUCGGUGUCAGACGUCAGAAGUGUCUACAACUGCUGCUGGGCAUUUUGGAGAAACAAGAAGAUGGAGCAUCGUACAGCGUUGUUUUUGUCCGACAUGAUGGACGCGCUACUUUUUCUAAAGAGGAGACCAACGCUACUCCUCUACUCUGGGGGUUUGUUACGGGGUUACGGGGGCGUGGCCUGUAUCCGAUCAUACUCCGACUACGCUGGUUACAUGGUAGAGAAAAUCAUUAUCUGGGCGUCUUAAUCUGAGUUCUUAAACUCUGAUUAUAGUCGGACUAAAGUGUUUACAUGACCUUCAGUUGUCCGGUCUUAAUCGGAAUAAUAUAGUUUUCUUGAGUGUCAUGGAAACGUACUGACUGUUUGGCGAGGGUGACCAUCCGUCCUCUUUUACCUGGACAUGUCUUUUUUUGGGGGGCUGUCCGGCCUCGUCCCAGAAAGUUUCUAAAAUUAAAUGUCGGUGUUUUGUACGGAAGUUUGGAGUUUGUGUCUCGUGGACUUACUGAGUGAUCAGUGCGUAAAAAACUCUCGACCCGAAAAACUAUCAAAAUGAACUACGUGUGACUCUGUGACUCCGCCCCCACGUAGUCGUGUCCUCAGAAUGUGGUCACUGUUUGUUUGCAGCCUUAGUUACGAACGUUUUCACGGUUUAAUGUUGUUCUCGUAAAGCUAUCACACUGAGCGCCCCCUGCAGGCUCGGAUGACUUCUGUUUGGCAGUGUUGCGUGGCUGAAGUGUUUGCGGCACAUUUUUUAUCAGCAGACUUUGAUUUUUACGACACUUUAGUUUUUUUUUCUGACUCCUGCAUGUCUUUAAAUUUUUGAGGCUGUGUUGUGAUAAAUGUCUAAUUAUACUUUAAAUCAAAACAGAGAAAUAAUGUCUGAAAUAUAACGAGUCUUCUCCUGAAACUCACAUGAACAGUUUCUGCUUCAAUAAAGACAGUCUGAUGAAGAUGUUGAGGAAGAUUCUCAGCUCUGUGGGUUAGACCGAGUGAAGGAAGACGAAGACGAAGACGAAGACGAAGACGAAGACGAAGACGAGUGUAACUGACAGAGUCAGGACUUAAUAAAGGAGCUUACAGCCUCUCUCCCUCUCUCUCUCCCUCCCUCUCUCUCUCUCUCUCUCUCCCUCUCUCUUUCUCCCUCCCUCCCUCUCUCUCUCUCUCCCUCCCUCCCUCUCUCUCUCUCUCCCUCCCUCCCUCUCUCUCUCUCUCUCUCUCUCUCUCUCCCCCCCCCUCCCUCCCUCCCUCUCUCUCUCUCUCUGUCUCUCUCUCUCUCUCUCUCUCUCUCUCUCUCUCCCUCCCUCUCUCUCUCUCUCUCUCUCUCUCUCUCUCUCUCUCUCUCUCUCUCCCUCCCUCUCUCUCUCUCCCUCUCUCUCUCUCUCUCUCUCUCUGUCUCUCUCCCUCUCUCCCUCCCUCUCUCUCUCUCUCUCUCCCUCCCUCCCUCUCUCUCUCCCUCCCCCCCUCUCACACAGAGGUAUCUAAUUACAGGAGCUGAUGUUCGUAUGAAAGACGAUCCGCCGCGGCGUUAUGCAGAGAAACGGCGGCGCUGCAGUUUCCUCUGACAGCGGCGAUCAGAGCCAAUUAGCCGAGUCAGGCGUGUGCCGAGGUUAUGAAGGUUCAAAAACGAGAGUCUUAACGAACCGACGGCUGCGUGAAGAAGGAUUUCCAUUUGGACUUUUGGGUCAUCUGGACUCAGAGUGUUUCAGAACAGAGGUCCAGUUUAACCACCAGGAUCAGCUGGUUUGACCUCCGCCUCUGCAGGUGGGUCAGGUGACUCUUUUUCACGCCUGCAGCAGCAGCAGCAGCAGCAGCAGCUCUCAGAGGAAGCGUCAGUGUUCAUGAUCAAUAAUGUCUCAGGAUCUUCUCCUGUUUCCACCCUGGGUCGGUUCUUCUCGGUCAGCACACGUCCUCCUGCCGAGACUGCAGCUCUUCUCGAUCUGGAACCAUGAAUCAGGACACGGGUUAUUCUAGAUGUCACCUUCCUGUUUGGAGAGUCUUUGUGUAGAAUAACAACCUGAAAACCUGAGACUAACUUCCUGUCCGUCAGUGAAACUAGGACCCCCCCCCCCACAGUUAAAACCAGUCACACCCUACAGGUUUCGCCGCACGCCAAUUCCUACCGGAUCCGUUUGUGAGGCGAAUUUACAGACAGCGGUAAUCACCAGAACUCACAAGAACCCGCAGAUUCACGUUUGAUCGAUAAUGAGACAGACACAUAGACAUAUAAGCAGUAGAUUGUGUCCUUCCAGAGGAGGAAAUCUACUUCUAGACUUCUAGAAUCAGCAUCUCCUCAUCCAUGGUGUCAUCGGGGUGAAAUGAUGUCUAAAAACCUUUCACUUGUUCGUCUCCGCCCGUUUGCAUGGUGUGAAAUACGAUCCUCCUGAAACACGGAGUGUUUUAUUUUGAAAAGAAGCCGGAUGUUUUAUUUUGAAAAGAAGUCGGUGUAAACCGACACGUUAACUUGAAUGGUUACGAUCAGCUACGAUCGGAGGAUACGACCUUUUAGGAGACGAUCAGGAUGAAGGUGGAGGUUGAGGGUCUUCCUCAUUCUCUCGAUCAAAACGGUGAAAAACUCGUCAAACUCCCGUCCGUGCUCGUUUACGUCCAGAUCUAAACUACUGAAUUAACCUCCUGAUAACUUUGAUUAGUGAGGGUUAGCGCCCCCUGCUGUGUGAGAAAUGGUCUCAAAGUUCCUUUUUUCUCUCCCAGUUUUGAGCUUUAGUGUCCUGCGUUGGUUUCUGAUCCUCACAGGACUAUCCCUGACUCUGGUCCAGUUAAGACCACAGUACUGGUUUUGUACUGGGUCUGUGUCUAAAUGAACCGGCUGAUCCAGUAUUUAGUCUCGCUCUCUGUCUGCUCUCUGUCUUUGAACCGUUAACGGCUGUCGGGGUCCAGCUGUGUCAGCGGGGCACGCAUCAUCACCACUUCCUGUUUUGUAAACAUCAUUACGUGUCCCCCUGCAGAAACAACGCCGUGAUGCAGGCGUGGACCUCCUGCAGAGCUUUUCUCUCUGACGCAGAGUUAUCGCUCUAACGGCGGCGCUGAGUCUGUUCCAGGAAAAAACAUUCGACAGGAGGGUCAGAGCGUCAGUUUUUAUUGUUUUUCCUCGACCGCUGUAGUCGAGUUAUUGUCUGUUUGUGUCUCCUCACAUAUACGUUCGCUAAAUUUACUCUCUGCUGGAGAAAAGAGUCGCUCUUACCGCUCGCCUCGAGACGUGUCCACGACUGAUUCUGACCUGUAGAUAGGGCUGGGCGAUAAAACAACAAGGAUAUCCAAAUUAAUUUCCCUCAAUAUCAAUAUAAAACAUGAUCAAUAUCCUUUUCAAUAGUCGUCAUUCUGACAUGUUUUGGUCGACUAUACGAACAGCCAAUGAAAAGGGGCGUGUCUCCGGGUCUGAACCAAUCAUGUUCUGAAUUAGAACCAAGUAUCAACCAACUGCAGCGUGGUAGCAGACAGCAGCUCCACCCAACCAUAGCACUUUAACAGGUGAAGCCGACAGCACUGUUGGUGAGAAACAAAGAAAAUGAGUGCUACCCCCGACAGAAAUGACCAUGAAGGCUCAACAGAUGACCACAUCAAUGUCAACCACAACACUGGCGUUAGGAAAACGUCGGUGGUGUGGAGGUAUUUUGGUUUUUGGAGGUCGGACAUGAAGCAGAGUAAUGUGGACUGUAAAUUAUGUCGAGUACAUGUUCUCACAAAGUCGGGGAAUACCUCAAAUCUUUUUCACCACCUGAAGCAGCGCCACGCCGCAGAGCACGCGCAACGCCAAAGGUUACAAACCCCGAGAGGAGCGAGGAGCCGAAACAGACGACCAUUCAGUCGUCUUUCUCUAGAGCGACGCCUUACGACAAAACGCCAAAGAGACACAAAGACCUCACAGAUGCAGGAGAUUAUUGUGUUGGAAAAGAUAUGAGACCAAGAAACACUGUUAGAUUUCAUUUAUUUAUAUCGAUACCUGCUGAUACGAACAAAAUAAAUAAAGUUUAUAAAGUUAUAGUUAUAUAUAAACUUUAUAUGUAAAGUUAUAUUUGUAUAUAAAGUUUAUAUAUAAAGUUGUAUUUAUAAAUAAAGUUUAUAUAUAAAGUUAUAGUUAUAUAUAAAGUUUAUAUAUAAAGUUAUAGUUAUAUAUAAAGUUUAUAUAUAAAGUUUAUUUAUAAAGUUAUAGUUAUAUAUAAAGUUUAUAUAUAAAGUUAUAGUUAUAUAUAAAGUUUAUAUAUAAAGUUUAUAUAUAAAGUUAUAUUUAUAUAUAAAGUUUAUAUAUAAAGUUAUAUUUAUAUAUAAAGUUUAUAUAUAAAGUUAUAGUUAUAUAUAAAGUUUAUAUAUAUAAAGUUUAUAUAUAAAGUUAUAUUUAUAUAUAAAGUUUAUAUAUAAAGUUAUAGUUAUAUAUAAAGUUUAUAUAUAAAGUUAUAGUUAUAUAUAAAGUUAUAUUUAUAAAUAAAGUUUAUAUAUAAAGUUGUAUUUAUAUAUAAAGUUUAUUUGGCCCAGCCCAGCCUGGAUUAGAUCUGAGGUGAUCAGAUUGUUGCUCUCGUCUCUGUUUUGAGUAUAAAUCUCAGUUUUUAUAAACAAGAAUCAGGGAUUUAUAAAAGUUUGUGAGUUUCAGUUCCUCUGAGCUUCUGUCUCAUCAUCUCCUCGUUUCUCCAUGUCGUAGUUUCACUCUGCAAACAUCUCCUCAAUGAUUCCUCUCUGCUGAACUCACUUCUUCUUCUCGUUUUAUAAAACACGUUCCUGCAGAGCCUCUGGUCUGCUGAUGCUCCAGGGUUCAGAUAGACGCGUGUCUCUGCAGAUGGAUCACAGUCAGGGUGUUCGGCUCGAGGGCUCCUCGGCCGUGGAGAUCUUUGUUUCUCUGAGAGGAGCAGCUGCAGGCUGUUAGUGUGCGAACCAUGGGACAGAUAUUUAGGAUCGAUGCUGCUCAGACGGAGACAGCUGACUGUCCUCUCAGCUCCAUUUAUGCUGCUUAGAGUUUUAUUUCCCUCCAAAUCGAUGCAAAUAUCCGAGGACUGAAUGUUCCCGACAUGACAGCCGAGCGGGGAUGAAAAGAGAGCGAGAGAUCGGAGCGUCUCAUUAGAGCUUUAAAAGGUCCUUUGUAUCAAACACAAAGAGAAAGAGUCGAAAAGGUUCGAGGCGCUGAUGUUUGUCACGACCUUUACUUUGGCGAGACAAAGCCGAGAGUGUUUCCUGUGAUGAGGAUGAUGCUGUUUUCUGACGCUGACAGAAACACGUCAUGUCAGGAAGGAGUCACCGAUCAGCAGAAUCAAUAGAGGCGAUUACUUUGAUAUUGAUUUCUAAUUAUAAGUGAGAGGUCUCCUUUAACAUGUAAAGUGUGUUUUCUAUGUUGACGUGUCAGAUUGGACGUAUAUCUGCUGAAUUAAUCGCUCUCAUUGAUCUGAUCAGACCGUCGUCGAUAAAGUUUGUUCUCUGAUUUAAAAUCAGUCUGACGUGUUUCUGAACAUGAGUUUUAAAAACAGGUUUAAAAUCAUUCAGAGAUUCUCUAAUAAAUGAACUUUGAAGACGAGCUGAACGGUGGCGGCAUGAGUCAGCAGUUUUCUUCUGGGUCAGGACUCCAGAUCGACCCUGAAACCAGGAAGAGCCCCUCCACCCUGACCUCUGACCCCUGCACACUUCCUGACUGUCACAGAUGUAUGGAGAUGAAAAGAGAGCAGCUGAAGUUUCCACAGACGCUCAGGAGAUGAAAGCGUUUCUGUUUUCCUCUCUGAAGCAGCUGGAGGAUGAAGAUCUCUGAGGAAGAACCAGAGAAGGUUUGAUGAAUCAGAAAAAAACGGUCUGAAAACGACCCGAACCCUGAGAGCUGACGGUUCGAAAAUCAAACACGCCGAAUAAAACCGGAGUUUGGAGCUUCAGCCGUCGUCUUUGAACGGAGAUCGUCGUCUUUCCUUUUCUUCAGAUGUUUAAUCCUGAUGAGUUCAAACUACAGAUUUAUUAUUACCGCCAAAAUAAAGUUCAUUUUAUCCUCCGUCUUCAGACGACUCUGAACUUUGUCAUUUUAAAAACACUGACCUGACUGACAGGUGUGAUGUACCUGUGAGUGACGUCAGCCUCGGAAACGUGUUUCUGACAGCUACAAAAUGAAUGAAUGAAUGAAUGAAUGAAUGAAUGAAUGACCCCCGACCUCCACCUUCAUCCUGAUCGUCUCCUAAAAGGUCGUAUCCUCCGAUCGUAGCUGAUCGUAAACAUUCAAGUUAACGUGUCAAUUUACACCGACUUCUUUUCAAAAUAAAACAUCUGACUUCUUUUCAAAAUAAAACACUCCAUGUUUCAGGAGGAUCGUAUUUCACACCGCGUUCCGGAUGCGUUGAAAAUUGGAGGUUCAUGGUUUCUGGUGCUGCUGCAGACAGCCUCUAGUGGACAGUAGGGGAAUUGCAGUUUUAGGUACUCCCUCCAGACCAGGCGGUUUCCCCGCUCAUUAUUCUCGCUCCUCCUCGGACACCGCUUUAAAAACAGCUAAAUGGACUUUUGUCGAGAUAACCACGACAAACUCCACCCUCUGGUGUCUCUGCUCCGUGGUCACUCGCUACGCUAACGCAAAUGACGGACAACCAAACGUGCGGCUCUUUGAGGGUUUCAGACGUAAAAUAUCAACUCUAGAUUUAUUUGAAGAAGCAGAGACGCUGAAUCUGUCCUCGCAUGAACAAAAAUAAGAGACGGAGAGGAGAGGUACACACACACACACACACACACACACACACACACACAGGAGUGUCCAAAGUGCAGUUUCAGCAGACGGGGAUCUGGUCUCAGCGGCGGCGGCGGCGGCAGGGAGAGACUGUGCAGCUCUGAAUCAAUCAGGAGAAAGCUUUUAGUGCGCCGAGGUCUCUGUGGUUUCACUUCCUGCUCCGAGGUCAUUAAGACCUGAAACAAUAGAUGGGGGGGGGGGGGCAGGAACGCCGGAGCGGAGGAAUGUCAUCACGCCUCUGGAGACUUCCUGGAGCGGGGACGCACAGAGGGGAGUCUGAUUACGGAGGAAGUGGAGGAAGAAACCCUCAGCAUCCCUGAAACGAGGAAACACAAACGCUGAUAAUGAGUCCAAUCAUGGAGCGGACCCCCAGACGGUUCAGAACACGGGUCACAGAAAUGGACUUUGGCAGAACCAUCUUUGAUCGGAGCAAACUUGAUCAGUUUAAUAUUUGUCAUUGAUUAAUUUUUACCCAUAUGUUUAUAUUUUAACUCUGAGACACGAACCUGCCUGACGCUCCCCGACACCCUGAAGUAAAAACAGAAACGAUCGACCGUCUGACGAGGAAACGUUUUCUCUUCUCUCUCUUCUCACAGUCAUGUUCGUGUGCUGCUCGCCUGACGUCUUCAGGAAACUGAUGGUGGAGUUUCGGCGAGCAGAUCUCCCUCAUGAGCAGUUCGUCUUCUUCUACAUCGACGUGUUCGGGGACAGUCUGAACUCUGCAAACAGACAGCCGUGGGCACGCGGGGACGAGGACGACGCCAUCGCCAAGGAGGCUUUCCAGGUACGUUUGUCUCCAGAACACCCUCGUUAGUUUUUGAAAACUCGUUUCUUCUCUUUCUCUGUGAAACUUCGACUCUUUUAUUUCCCUCCGGGCUGACGGCGUGUCUGACAGCUCCGAUUAAAUCUGAUCCAAACCUUUUCAUCCCACCGUCAAAAUAAAGAGUCCGAAACUUUGUCUCCUACUUACUCUGAAGUUAAAACACAUCAACGCCACAGGGAGGUCAGAGGUCAGGCGUGGCAGCGAUCACGCCAUUGGACCGUUGAGAUUCCAGGCUGGGAAGUGAAGAGUUAAACUUGGACGUGUUUGAUAUCAGCCAAUCACUGAAGCCGAUUCUCCAACGCUGCUGUCAAGUGUCUCCUCUCUCAUCUCUUACACACAGACACACACAGACACACACACAGACAGACACACACACACACACACAGACAGACACACACACAGACAGACACACACACACACACACAGACACACACAGACACAGACAGACACACACACACACACAGACACACACAGACACAGACAGACACACACACACACAGACACACACAGACACACACACAGACACACACACAGACACACACACACAGACACACACAGACAGACACACACACACACACACACACACACACACACACACACACACACACACACACACAGACACACACACAGACACACACACACACACACACACACACAGACACACACACACACACACACACACACACACACACACAGACACACACACACACACACACACACAGACACACAGACACACACACACAGACACACACUCACACACACACAGACACACACACAGACACACACACACACACACACACACACAGACACACAGACACAGACACACACUCACAGACACACACACACACACAGACACACAGACACACACACAGACACACACAGACAGACACACACAGACACACACACAGACACACACACACAGACACACACACACACACACACACACACACAGACACAGACACACACAGACACACAGACACACACACACACAGACACACACAGACACAGACACACACAGACACACACACAGACACACACACACAGACACACACACACACAGACACACACACACAGACACACACACACACAGACACAGACACACACAGACACACAGACACACACACACACACAGACACAGACAGACACACACACACAGACACACACACAGACACACACACACACAGACACACACACACAGACACACACACAGACACACAGAGACACACACACACACACACACAGACACACACACAGACACACACACACACACAGACACACACACACACACAGAGACACACACACACACACACACACAGACACACACACACAGACACACACACACAGACACAGACACACACACACAGACACACACAGACACACACACACACAGACACACACACACACACACACACACACACACACACACACAGACACACACACACACACACACACACACACACACACACACACACACACACACACACAGACACAGACACACACACAGACACAGGCCUUAGAUUAAAGACUAUGAAGAAGAAGAGAGGUUCUUCGGUCUUCAGGUCCUUUUGUUUUAUAAAACAGACGUUGAAUAAAAAUCCAGAUUCUCAGAGUUUGUUCAUCUUGACUGAAGAUCAGCUCAAAAAACAACAUCUGGAUUAAACCAAGAAAACAGGGAAGAGCCUCUUAUUGGAUAAUUACUGCUUCACUCUGGAGCCAUGGGAGAAGGUCAUGUGAUCUGAUUGGUCCAGAGUAGCAGCGAGGUGGUCAGUGUUCUGAUCUGGAACCGCUGCGGUCGGUCGGUCAGGUCUCGGUUCAACAACCUUGUGUGCCCAAAUAAGGAGAUCCUGUACGUGAGCAACCAUCUCAUGAACUUACGAUGAUCCGUGCGAAUCGUUUCCAUCAGUAUUUGAGUUUUUCUGUCACCCAGAGGAUAAACUCUGUGUUCACAGAGGAGCUGGUGGAGGUUCUGGUGGAGGUUCUGGUGGAGGUUCUGGUGGAGGUGAAUGAGCGUAGAGCUUGUCUCGGUACGUAGAGAUUAAAGAAGAAGAAGAAGGAUGAGCUGAGCUGCGAUGUGGAUGAGUGGACACCAAAACAAAAGACAACAGAGGAGCAGCGCUCAAAUAACAUCGGCGUGUUUACAGAGACAACAGGUUGACGGAGUGGAGGAACAGGCUGCGUGUUUCUCAGAGGAAAGGAAUUCACCGUCUGUGAUAAGGAACAAACCGAUCGAUCAUUACAGAGAGAGAGGAACGUGCUUUCAUACUGGAAAUGAUGAGUUUAGAUCCUCCUCUGACCUUGAAGAACAACAAACUGAUGGAGAUAAAAACUCUCCGUUUCAGGGACGUUUCAGGGACGUUUCAGGGACGUUUCAGGGACAAGUGUUUGACUGAAAAUGAUCUCUGACAACUUCACACGUCAAACACUGAAGCUGCGUUUUUACUUUUCUACCUUUUGUCUGUCGGCACAUCUAAAGUCAUUCUUGGAGAACGAACAUUUAACGCUGAAGUUAAAGUUCUGUCAGGGCGACUUCAUUAAAAUAUCUCCAUAUUAAAACUACGUCCUGAGAGCUCCUGAAGGUCAAGUGAAGGCGGGGAGAGACCUCCGAGGGUUCAGAGCCGGUAUCAGCACAAACUGAAACCGUCUUUUAUUAAACUCACUUUUAUUCCCCGUUUCUGCAGAGACAAGGAUCACGAGACGUUAAAGCAGUUUUCAUGUCUCUCUGAUGAAACUCCACAAAAGGCUGAAUCACAGAAUCGAUGUGAAGUUAAUCAGCAGAGGGUUAGUUUGUGUCCUGAUUGAUCUGAAUUCAUGUUUGGAGAAGUUCUUUAUCUUCAGUGAGGAGGAGUGAAAUAAAGAGAAUUCAUCUGUGAUUAUUACGUCUGUGACUGAAAUAAACAAACUUAGACCUGACCUGCCUGAGUCAGUACAGGCUGAGGACCCCUCACAUGUACAGGAACAGGUCUUUAGAGGUUGAUGAGGUUCUUCUCUGUAUCUAAACGUAGUUAAAGAGUGAAAUCAGGUUCUCAGAGUUUCUCUAACAAACUCCGUUUUAUCUUCAUCAUAUUCUCUCUCACAGGUUUAAUCUGAGCGUGCUCCACAGUUUGGACACCAGGCUUUGACCAAGUGGAAAUGUAGGAGUGGUAAACUGCAGUUCCUGGAGCGUCCACUGGAGGCAGAAGAAUUAAAAACUCGUUCACACCCAUUUAAAAAAGAGCGUCUUAGAACAAAGACGAGUCUGGUUUAAAAAACAGUUUACAUUCAGGUGCUGAAUAUUUAAGAUCGGAUUAAUUUGGAGGUCAUGACGCUAACAAACAAAGCUGCUGUGACGGACAGGCUAAAGGCCCGCCUCACCUCUCUGUCAUGUCAGCAUUUCCAGCGUGGCGUCCGCGUCGGCCCGUGUGCUCGGUAGGAAAAGGUAGAGCGUCUACCUGACUACGCUAACCCUUCACGAACUCGUCUGUCGACUGUUUUGGUUUAUGAUGAGAUCCAGACCCAGUCCAGGAGGAUGGUAGGGGAAGGUCCCGCCCUCCUUUGCCUCUGAUUGGCUGGAGGUGCUGAGCUCUGAUUGGUUGUUCCGUCACCGGGUUAGGGUUAGGAGAUCCAGAAGUGCGAUGAUGUUCUGUCCGAUAUUCAGAGCCGACGGCUGCGUUUGGUUUGAGCGUGUGACGAUGUUUCCAGCUUUUCCAGCCAAUCAGAGGUGAAGGAGGCGGGACUUUCCCCAACCAUCCGACAUAAAAAAAUAUGGUGUCCAGGAGUAACUAAACGAAGUCAAUAAUGGACCGGGACAAGUGUAAGUGCGCUCGAACCUCAGCAGGACAUGAGCUGAGCGUGUCGGCUCGGUUCCUCAGGUGGAGAACCAGCUGCUCUUCACCUGUGCAGGUGUGUGACCUCUCGGUGUGUCAGGAGGAUAGAUCAGGUCUUCCUGGAGACUGAACCUCCUGUCCUCCUCUGAUUUCACUGUUUUCCACAAACGGACCCUGAGGACCACGUCAGUCCCCCCCAUGACCUGUAGCCAUGGAAACAGAGGUGGAAGACGGGACUCAGUCUGAACAUGAGCCGCCGUGUUUUUACACUCAGUAAUUUCACAGGAGGACAUCGAGUGAGAAACCUUCGCUCAGUUCAAGCGUCGACUCCACUUCCUGUUUCUACUCCAAUCAGCGAACAAUUUCAUGUCCAUUCAGAGGGACGUCCACGCUGACGUGUUUAGGUUGUUUUAUAUUUGGACGUGGUUUAUCGAGGAAACUGCGCUGAUUUAAAAUCUCCUCUUCCUGUUUUCAGAGCGUGAAGAUCCUGACGUACAGAGAACCUCACAACCGCGAGUACAAAGAGUUUGUGAGCAACCUGAAGAGCGACGCCCUGGAAAUGUUCAACUACACCAUGGAGGACUCACUGGUGAGGAGUGUGUGUGUGUGUGUGUGUGUGUGUGUGUGUGUGUGUGUGUGUGUGUGGACAGGUCUUAACCCCACUGUAGUUUCUUUUCUCUUUAUCUUGUUAGUUUUUUAUCAGGUUUACAGUCAGAAAAAAAAACAGUUUUUCAGCCUCUGAUCCAAACAGAAAUGAGAUUUGAUUGAAGUGUCUGAGGGACGAACGUCUCCAUCAUCAGACCUCACAGAGAGAGAGAGAGAGAGAGGAAAUGAGACGAUGAAAUAUGAUGAACGUGACGGCGAAGCAUCAAGACUGUAAAGAUAGUAAAAGAAAACGGUGUAAUUAUUCCUGUCAGAGGCGAAGAGACGCUCGUUUAUUCUGCUGAUAUGAUCCUCACUCAGAAACUCGAGGAGACGCUGAUGAAGAGAGAAAAGAAAAACAACAGACCUGUCCGUCAAACAGGCGCUGCUCAGAUUAUCAGCAAUAAUCCUGAAGAAGAAGAAGAAACAGACGUCUGUGAAGGAGAGGACGAGGCAUUCGUUAAUGAGUCUAAUCAGGAGUGAAGCUCCAGUUUAUUCUGCUGAGAACAUCAUUUAGUAAUAAUAAUAACAACAACAAUAAUAAUAAUAAUAAUAAUAAUAAUAAUAAUAAUAAUAAUAAUAAUAACAAUAAUGAUAAUAAUAAUAAUAACAAUAAUAAUAAUAAUAAUAAUAAUAAUAAUAAUAAUAAUAAUAUUAACUUUGUCUUUAGAGCCCUUUUAAAAACAGACGUUUACAAAGUUCUUUGACAAACAGUCGUAAAGCUCGUGGAAAUAAAAACAAAUAAAAACAUUCAGUUAAAAACUCAGAAUUUAAGGACAAUUUAAUUUGUCAUGAGGAACCCAGACAAUAGAAGAACCUACAACAUAAACUGAGACCAAGAGACCAAAAUAAAAACAUACAAUAGGAAAGAAGAAGAAAUGUAAUAAAGGAGGAGGAAACAGGAUAGUAAAUAUAAAAAGAGGACAUUAAUAAUGAUAAUAAAAUCAUAAUAAAUUAUAAUAUAAUAGUUAUAGUUAAGUUUAAUAGUGGUAAUAUUAACGAUAAAAUGGAAUAACAAAAAUGAGCCUCAAAGGUUAAAUAGAGAAAAAAGAGAAAAUCACAUAAAAUCAAGUCUGUAAAAGUUUUUCAAGAAUUCGAUCUGAUGGAGUUUUCUCUCCAAACAUGAUGGGACGGUUAAGAUGAAGAAGUGCUGAACUAAACCAGAGUAAAGACCAACUAUUUACAGUGAAACUGAGACUCAGGGAGGUGACCCAUUAUUACAGUGAAGCUGAGACUCUCCACAAACAGGUGAACUAUAACCAGAGUGUUACCCUCCCUUUACAGAGAAACUGAAGUUUCUCCAGACCUGUGUGGUCCCCUUUGACAGACCCGGGUCCAUGUCCUUAGAUGGUCUGGUUUCUCUGGUAUGAAAGCUCGUCCAAACUCUGGUCCACUUCAGAACCAGGUCUUAAUUCACCACCAUCAAACUCUGACGGCCUUUCUCUUUCCUGUUUUUUCAGUGUAAAUAUUUUCUCUGCUCAGCUUUGGGACCGUCCUCCAGAAUAAAUCGACAGUUUAGUGUUAAAAAGCAACAGUGCCUCCGUUAAAGAAGAGUUUUUCUCAGACAAAGAAGAAAAAUGUCCUUUUUAUUAAAACAGAUUUUGUUUUUCAAAGCAGGUUUUCAGAAAUUAAAAGUUCUUUCUCCGAGAACACCAACUCCACAAAACGAUGUGCUGUUUCCUCUGAGGAUAAAUCCAAUUCAGUCAAUUUCACAGCCUGUCUGAAACAACAACAACAACAACAACAACAGAGCGCAGAGGUGAAACUGACAGUCUGAGGAGGAACUUUAAUCAAACAGAUGCUGGAGGUUCAGGAACUCUGACAGCUACGGAGAAAUCCCUUCAGCCGUGGUUUUUCAUGACAGAGCGCAGGUCUUUGGGUUCAGAGUCCAAAGAGUGAAAGAUUUACCAAACAUGAUCCAGUAUUCUACCACAGCCCUGACCUCCGGGGUGUUUGUGUGAAAAUGUCCGAGUCCUCGCCGACAGUUUGGAGGUCAGAGCUUCAAUCAACGCUCGGAGACGUGAGACCAGAUGUUCAACGAUCCACAAAGACAGAGAGCGUCUGUGACAUCUGUUUAUUAAAACUGAACUCAGCCGGACUCAGACGCUUUCAGGGGCCGGAAAAAUAAAACAAUAAUAGAUAAAAUAUGUGAAUAAAUUAAUUUACUUUCUGAGGGGACAUGUUUUCACUGUCCUCUAAAAGUAUUACGACAGUGUCCUCAGGGUGUUCUUCAAAAAAAGAUCCUGAUCGUCUCCUAAAAGGUCGUAUCCUCCGAUCGUAGCUGAUCGUAACCAUUCAAGUUAACGUGUCAAUUUACACCGACUUCUUUCCGUUCCUCUGCGGAUCGCCGGACUCCUCAGCUGAUCACAAGAGUUCUAUUUUUUCUGGACGCCGGAGCAUGGCGGAUAAAUUCAGCACAGAUUAACCCGUGCUGGAAAGGAAGUCGGGCACAGACUUCAAAAUAAAACAUCCGGCUUCUUUUCAAAAUAAAACACUCCGUGUUUCAGGAGGAUCGUAUUUCACACCAUGCAAACGGACGGAGACGAACAAGUGAAAGGUUUUUAGACGUCAUUUCACCCCGAUGACACCAUGGAUGAGGAGAUGCUGAUUCUAGAAGUCUAGAAGUAGAUUUCCUCCUCUGGAAGGACACAAUCUACUGCUUAUAUGUCUAUGUGUCUGUCUUUAGAGAGACGACUCGUUAUCGUGUGAUUGGACGUGAAUCUGCAGGUUCUUGUGAGUUCUUGUGAUUCCUGCGUCUGUAAUCCACCACGAAAUUCGCCUCACAAACACGUCCGGUAGGAACUGGUGGACGGCAAAAAUUGCUGCCGUUCCGGAUCGGAGCCGUUCAGGAUACGGUAAAAAUUUGGGGUUAGAAUGAUUGAAAAGUAAGGAAGUGCCCCCUGGAUGUCCCUCCACAAUAAAAGCCUUUAACUGUUUUAGUUUAUUAAAUAAAUAAAUUGUUCUGUGAAUCUUCUAGAAACACUGAUAAAAUUACACACGUGAUAAAAUCAUAGAUCUAGUCUGACUCGACUGUGAGCUUCAUUUUUUUAAGAUAAUCUGAUAAUAAUUUUGUGUUUUCCUUUAAAAUUUCUGAAUGAUUCAUAAACUUUUACCUGAAAACAGAGAAAUAAACUUUAUUUUUAUUAUUAUUAUUACACUCAAAGUUCUCCGCCCCUCAAAUAUAUAAGCGGUCUAAGGUCAGCUGACCUGCAGUCUUUGUCGCUGGUCCGGCUUCAGAGGAGGAUAAAAUCUGUUUUUUAGUCGUCCUUUUAAAACCCUCUUUUCAACACUUCAUGAAGAUGUUUAUCUUUUCACUCUGAAUUUAAUCACAAAGAGCAGCACUCUGAGAACUCCUGAUCCAGCUCCAUGAAAGUCCAGAUCUGACCCUCUGACCCGUUUACUGUGACGGCUCAGAAUAACCGACUCAACGUGGCGUUUAAAAUCAACCUUUGACAGCCGGAGCUGCACAGAAGCAGCGUGAAGCUCUGUUAAUGGAUGAAGACGUUUUCAUCUGAAAUCACGGAGGUCACCAUGGUUUCGCUGUGACCUCCGUUUGAUGAGCGUUAAUGAGGGGCUUCAUGCUGCACGCCGUCUCGACCCAGAGACGAAGAAAACACCGAAACUGAGAGAAAAACAAGAUGAAAAAGGGAGUCUCACCACCAGAGCCAAAUAUCGACCAAAACUUUAACAGACGACUUUUCUGAGGAGAAACUUCUGAUGGUCAUUAUGGGAGGUCAGAGGUCAUGGACAGUAUUAGUGGUGUAGUUGUUGAUGGCGUCGCGUUUGCUGCCAUCUGUGUCUGCCUAAUGGUCGCUUUUCUUUUAAUGUCUCCUGUUUCCCCGCAGCGAUCACUGAAGUAUCAUCUUAUCACUGUCUGUGUGUGUGUGUGUGUUUGUGUGUGUGUGUGUGUUAACUACAUUAGCCGCCUGCUCCUCUCAAACCAGAAACAGCUGAUUAGCCUCCAGACAACUUGUCCACUAUAACAGACUCACAUAUGGUGGCUGAUAAGGGACAAACCGGAGUCCUGUGAUCUUUUCUAGCAGAUGUCAGUUUGAUAAGGAGCAGAGACUGAAGCGUGUUUCACUAACGUAGUCAGUAUAUUGUUAUUAUUAUAAUAAUAAUUAUUAUUAUCAUUAUUAUUAUUAUUAUUAUUAUCAUUAUCAUUAUUCUUCUUCUUAUUAUUAUUAUCAUUAUUAUUAUUAUUAUCAUAAUUUUUAUUAUUAUUAUCAUUAUUAUUAUUAUUAUUAUUAUCAUAAUUAUUAUUAUUAUUAUCAUUAUUAUUAUUAUUAUUAUUAUUAUUAUCAUUAUUAUUAUUAUUAUUAUUAUUAUUAUUAUUAUUAUUAUUUUUAUUAUCAUUAUUAUUAUUAUUAUUAUUAUUAUUAUUAUUAUCAUUAUUAUUAUUAUUAUUAUUAUUAUUAUCAUUAUUAUUAUUAUUAUUAUCAUUAUCAUUAUUAUUAUUAUUAUUAUUAUUAUCAUUAUUAUUAUUAUCAUUAUUAUUAUUAUUAUUAUUAUUAUUAUUAUUAUUAUUAUCAUUAUUAUAAUAAUAAUAAUAAUAAUAAUUAUUAUUAUUAUCAUUAUUAUUAUCAUUAUUAUUAUUAUUAUUAUCAUUAUUAUUAUUAUUAUUAUCAUUAUUAUUAUUAUUAUUAUCAUUAUUAUUAUUAUUAUUAUUAUAAUUAUUAUUAUUAUUAUUAUGUCUGCGCUGAAUCAGGUGCUGCUGUGACUGAGGACCAGCUCACCUUUAAGGUCCAUGUUGUCUUAGUCUCUGUGGGGAGGUUCAGACCCCCUCAGACAGAGCACACAGAGCACAGCUCUGAUACUGCAACUCCUUACUGGCAGACCUCACAGAUGAUCCAGAACCCAGCAGCCUGUCUGGCCUUAAACCCAGAACAGCACAUGUCGCUUCGAGCUGCAGUUUGUAUCAAAUCCAAAACCAGCAGCAACGACAACUAAAGAUCUGCAGAGAAAACACUUCAAAAUAAAAGCAUAGUGUUACUAUACACACAAAAAACAAGACAGGAAAAAUUCAAAAUAAAAGCAUAAAAAACAGCUUUUUAAAGAGGUGAUGUUUCCUCCAAAGAUGUUUGAGUCACAUGGUUGAUGGUGUUGGUAACACAGAGAUGUGAAUAUCAUAGAAAUGGAUGACUGUGUGUGUGAUAGGAAACUGCUGGAAGAAGGAAAGACUAACCCUCAACCUCCACCUUCAUCCUGAUCGUCUCCUAAAAGGUCGUAUCCUCCGAUCGUAGCUGAUCGUAACCAUUCAAGUUAACGUGUCAAUUUACACCGACUUCUUUCCGUUCCUCUGCGGAUCGCCGGACUCCUCAGCUGAUCACAAGAGUUCAGGAGGAUCGUAUUUCACACCAUGCAAACGGGCGGAGACGAACAAGUGAAAGGUUUUUAGACGUCAUUUCACCCCGAUGACACCAUGGAUGAGGAGAUGCUGAUUCUAGAAGUCUAGAAGUAGAUUUCCUCCUCUGGAAGGACACAAUCUACUGCUUGUUUGUCUAUGUGUCUGUCUUUAGAGAGACGACUCGUUAUCGCGGGAUUGAAUGUGAAUCUGCGGGUUCUUGUGAGUUCUCGCCUCACAAACAGACCCGUCAGGAACUGGUGGAUGGCGAAAAUCGCCGCCAUUCCAGAUGCGGUGAAAAUUGAGGGUUAGGAUGAACGUGUGGCUCAGUCCUUUCCUCAGCUCUGACUGACCGUGUCGUUUCAUUUUCAGUUUCUCCAAAGACUCUGCAGAAAUAUUUCCUCUGUAGUCAAAAUCUGAUAUUGUGACAGCUUUAAUUCCUGUUAUUGAAAACUUUCGACAAACACAGUGAUCAAAGCAGCUGCUAUCAGAGAGGAUUGUGGGUAAUCAGGCAUUGUUUUCCUCGGGGUGUAACAGAGGGGGUCAUUACAGCGGUGUUUUUCUUUGUCGUGGACUGAUUGUCCCUCACAGCAGCAGCUGUCAGUGUUCCUGUUUUUAAUUAAAGCGUAAUCAGAGUCUGAUUCAGAGUCUGAGGACAAACAGAACCGCUGGAUCCAACUCUGAACACACAGACUCAGAACACGGAUCUGUUCUGGUUCUGUCCUCUGGGUCUGAAUCUAAUUCACCUGAGAGGUGGAAACUCUGAAUUACAGUAACGCAGAAGAAUCACAGAAACAAACAUGAACCACAGUGUAGUACUAACUUUAACCAGCAGGUGGAGCUAUGACUUUGAGAGAAUCUUGAGAAACAUUAACUGUGUGAAGGUAUAAAUGUGAGUAAUUUUGCUUUUGUCCAGUAGGUGGCGCUGUCAUUAUGACAGAAAUGAGACAGGUUAACUCAGGCUGGGACCAGCACGUGAAAGUCAUUACCUUGCCUCUCCACAUGGUGGCGCUAAGGGUGUAACGAAUCAUCUACAAAAUGGAUCUAUCGAUUUAUAUUACUAUGAUCCAACUCCAUCGAUCUGUGAUCGGCAUGUCCGUCUUCAGGAUGACAGACAUCGAUCUAAAAUCGUUUUAAAAUGUAAUGAAUCGAUUUUAUCGAAACCAAGAAAUAACCUGAUAGAUUUAAGCUCAGCAGACUGUACAUGGAUAAUAAUAUUAAUAAUAAUAAUAAUAAUAAUAAUAAUACUAAUAAUAAUGAUGAUAAUAUUAAUAAAUAAUAAUAAUAAUAAUAAAUAAUAAUAAUAAUAAUAAUGAAUAAUAAUAAUAAUAAUAGUUAAAAAAAAUAUUAUUAUUUAAAAAAAAAUCAUAAUUAAUAAUAAUGAUAAUAAUAAAUAAUAAAUGAUAUUAAUAAUAAUAAGAAAAAUAAUAAAUAGUAUUAAUAAUAAUAAUAAUAAUAAUAAUAAUAAUAAUAUUUAAUAAUAAUAAUAAUAAUAAUAAUAAUAUUUAAUAAUAAUAAUAAUAAUUUAAAAAAGGAUUAUUAUUAUUAUUAUUAAUAAUAA